UCUUCCCGUCCAUUAGCCACCGAUAACCACAGUCAACGAAAUUCAACUACACUCGAUAUUUUCCCCAGGAGAAGCGAUUAACACUGAUUCGUCAAUUCAACUGAAUGCAAAAUUCCAUCAUAAUCAUCAGAUGCAGGGCUCUGGCCCCGUCUCCAGCAGCUGAAGCACACCAUUCCUGUACUCUCUGCUCCACGUCCACGGCCUUCCUCCUAACUGAGCCAUGACCACCCAGAGGGAUCUUGAUAUGGUGCACCUCCGCCUUAUCCUGGUCAGUGGGAAAACACAAGACUUCACUUUCUCCCCGAAUGACUCGGCCACAGACAUUGCCAAGCAUGUGUUUGAGAACUGGCCUGCAGGAUGGGAGGAGGAGAGGGUGAGCAGUCCCAGCAUACUGCGCCUCAUCUUCCAGGGACGCUUCCUUCAUGGCAACGUUACCCUUGGAGCUCUAAAGUUGCCACCAGGCCGAACAACCGUCAUGCACUUGGUUGCCAGAGAGACUCUUCCAGAGCCCAACUCUCAUGGUCAAAGGAACAGAGAAAAAACCACAGAGAGCAACUGCUGCCUCCUCUUGUAAAGCGACAGAAAUGCCCCUCCUACCCUCUACCUUAACCUCACACACACACACACACACACACACACACACACACACACAUAUAUAUAAAUACACCCUGUUCUCUCCUGCCUGUCAUCCUGUCAGCUGUGGAUUUGGAAUAAAUCACAGGAAGUCUGGUUGGGGCCGUCAGCCGCUUUGAUUGAACACACGUCCAAUCUGAGUCUUUUUUUGUGCCAAUAUAGCCAUUUUUUGCCCCCCAAGCUUUUACUGUAUCGGCAUAAGUUGCUGUCGUUAUUCCUCUUUUAUUUUGAAGAUCAUUACGUUAAACAGUAUCUACGCUCCCUUGCAGGCCUGUCCGCUGCUGGACAAGCCUUAAAGAGCCGUCAUACGUACUCAAAAAGACCCAGGAACUCUUUGCUCUUCAUGGACACAGAAUUGCUCUAAAGGAUGUGUGGGCUUUUACCCUUCCCUACUAGUCACAUAGAUGUUUCCCCAGAUCUUACUGAAUGGUGUUAACCCUCUCAUUGCACUUAACCAGUCUGUUAAUUCAGAGGUGUUUAUUGUGUUUCAUCGUCAUCAUCUUUUCCCCAAUCGCUGUUUUUUUGUUUUCUUUUCUUUUGGUCAGAGGAACAGACUUAAACUCCCCACAUGGUAGAAAAUGUGCCAUCCUCCUCAUCAGACUGUUUCUGCCUCUUAUUAACUGAACCGUUUGGUCUGUAUCAGCACCAGUGGCGUUCGUGCCAUUAUCUUACACGUGUUUGUUCCUGGCAAAGGACUAACGGUGAAAAGACUUUCCAGCGAGGCUCAUAAGGAUGGAGUCGGAGGAUUUGGCGGAUGGCUCGUGUGCCAUCAGGCCUCGCGCUCGCACCUCUGGCUUUGACUUAAAGGACUAGACUGUCGAUGCUCCCUCAUAACAGGAGCCAACACGGCGGGCCAGUUUAAUGCAGACAGAAGAAGCGGUUGAAGAUGAGAGGGAGAAGCGUCGUCGCUGUGAGAGCCCCCUCUACUGGACACUUGGAACGAGGCAGGGGGAGAGUUUCUCCCACUUGGAUGAAGAGUUAAAAGGAAGAUUUUGGUGGUGUUUCACCUCCUUUUCAUUUGGAUGCUGUCCUUACUUCUUGUUUGCCUUUUAUCGUGGAAUUCAGUAAUAUCAUUAAUAUUGAAAUUUAAAUAUAUCAAUUUUUAUCUUGUGUAUAGGUAUUUGUUCAAUUUUAGUGUGGGUGAGUUUGUGUGUGAGUGUGUCUGAGGGUGUGUGAUGCACGUGGCAUACUGUAUGAGGACUAGUGAGGGCAUGUGGUCUUUAAAAAAAAGAGUGCACUGGGAGUGUUGAUGGGCUGCGGUUUCUCAGAAACAGUCGGAAACCUUUUGAUUCCUUCCAUUGAGUGUCCUUUGGUUUGUGUUUUGUCAAUCAGUGUCACUGCUAUGAAGUUUAGCUCAGUCUGAAUAAAUGUAAAAACUAAAAAUGCAAUGUGGUCUACAUAAAAGCUUGUAUUAUAAAUUAAUAAAUCUUUAAA